UUCACAUUCACAUGAUCUCUCAGACAAGAUACCAGAACUUCACAAAACUCCCCCCAAAAAAAUGUCCAUUUUCUCUAACACAACUAGAAUUCCUCCACUCAUUUUCUUAACCUUUCAUCUUCUUCUUCUUCUUCUCCUUUCUGUUGGAGUUCUGGAAGCCCAAGCCAAGUGCAAAACCGGUUGUCGUCUUGCUCUAGCUUCAUAUUACGUUCCGAACCAAGAUAGUAUUCCUGCUGGUGAGAGAAUCAACGUGCCCUUUUCGUGUGAUUGCUUAAACGGUGACUUCUUGGGCCACACUUUCACUUACGAAACUGUGUUCGGUGAUACUUAUGAUAAAGUUGCCAGUCUUCCUUUUGCUAAUCUCACCACCGAGGAUUGGGUGCACAGGGUCCAACAUUUUGAUCCAACUAGAAUACCGGACGGUGCUCUCAUCAUGUCACCGUUAAUUGCUCCUGCGGUGACAGAAGCGUGUCCAAAGAUUACGGGUUGUUCACGACGUACCCUCUUCGUCCCGGCGAGAAUCUGUCCUUCAUUGCGGCGGCGGCGCCUGUACCGACCGAGUUACUUCAGAGGUACAAUCCCGGAAUCGAUUUCAGUGAUGAGACAGGACUUGUUUUUCUCGCGGCGAGAGGUUAGUAUAUCUUUUAUUACAUGUCAAAUGAUCAUUCUGCAACUGUAUCAAUCAAUUCAUUACGCGAAAAUAUAAAUAGU